UAGACGAUAGGCCGAUAAGUCCAGUUAGUCCUGAUAUCGAUAGCAGUCUUGUUUAUUAAUGAAUUAAUUAAAUAAAUUAAGUUAACUAAAAAGGCAAGGCGACGAGCAGGAAAAACAGCGAGCCGUAAGUGGAGUGACCCCAGAGUGGAAAGGAAGCAGAGAAGCAGCGACGAAGACGCAGGCGACGGCGGAGACGCAGACAACAGGGCGCAACGCAGCGAAACGCAACGCAACAAAGACGCGAGCGAAGGGAAAAGCAUGAGCUGAGGCUUGAGUCGCCAUCGCAAGCAACGGAAUCGCGUGGACAAUAAGAGCGGGCAGUUAGCGAGGCAGAGGACUAGGACGAGGUCGAGGUCGCCAGCGGAACUGACGCAGCCAGGGCCCGACUCAACCAGGACGGCGUCGCAUCCGCAAGAGCAGCACCAGCAGCAGCAGCAGGUUAACAGCGGAGCACCUCAGCGGAAGCAGAAGCAGAAGCAGCAGAACCAUGAGCACCGUGUUCAUCAACUCGCGCAAGAGCCCCAAUGUGCUGAAAAAACAGGGCACCGACCAGUGGGUCAAGCUGAACGUGGGCGGCACCUACUUCCUCACCACCAAGACGACGCUCUCCCGUGACCCAAAUUCCUUCCUCUCCCGCCUGAUUCAGGAGGACUGCGACUUGAUAUCGGAUCGGGACGAGACAGGCGCCUACCUAAUCGACAGAGACCCCAAAUACUUUGCACCCGUGCUCAACUAUCUGCGCCACGGCAAGCUGGUGCUCGAUGGCGUCUCCGAGGAGGGCGUGCUGGAGGAGGCUGAGUUCUACAACGUGACACAGCUGAUAGCUCUGCUGAAGGAGUGCAUCCUGCACAGGGAUCAGCGACCGCAUGCAGACAAGAAGCGCGUAUAUCGUGUGCUGCAGUGCCGCGAACAGGAACUGACCCAGAUGAUCUCAACACUGUCGGAUGGCUGGCGGUUCGAGCAGCUGAUCAGCAUGCAGUACACCAACUACGGGCCGUUUGAAAACAAUGAGUUCCUGUGCGUGGUCUCCAAGGAGUGCGGCACGACGGCCGGGCGAGAGCUAGAGCUUAACGACCGGGCCAAGGUCCUGCAGCAGAAGGGAUCGCGAAUUCUUGGAAUUUAAACGCGCUAUAUAUUCACAUACAAUCCUAGAAACUGAAACCAAACUCCCCGUCAUCAA